CCUUUUAUAACUCGAGUCACUAUAAAAAGCUUCUUUUAAUAUAGAAACAAAAAUGCAAAGGUUUUCCCGUGGGUGGUUCGUCGCGUGGAUGUUUGCGUGCAUAACUGCGUAUCCGACGAAACCUGAAAAACGAGGUCAGACUUACGGACUUAAUGUGGACUUUGGUCUCUCGUCUGAAAACGACUAUGACUUUGAAGAUUUCCCAGUAGAAAAAUAUGUUGACGGCAGAGACAAGGCCGGCCCAGAGACGCUCGAGGAGAACGGAAUCUCGGGGACGUCCGUUAAAAACGCCCACGUUAGUUUGCCACUGAAGCUGGAACCCGAUGCCGAAAUGUUACCUGCUCAUUACAGGGGCGUAGAGUCACCAGGUGUCGACCAUAUGGAAAUCCUGUCAAUCGAUUCUUCGGGUAUGAGUACGAAUUCGAAAACUGCUGUGGCUGAUGGAACGAAAAUGGUGACCGGAGCUCGCGUCGUUUCGGGUGACAAAACUUCGGAAGGAUUCGAGAAAGGACUGAGAAUAAAGGCUGCUAAGGAAAAUAGGAAAGGCGAGUACAACGAAGCAGCUGGAAAAAAGAAGACUCACGAAGAAAUCGAUGAAAGCUUUAGAGGACUGAAGCACGAGACUUCCGGUGAUAAGGGCGUAAAGUCGAAGGUCGAAGCUCAACGUCACAAGGGUCACAAUGCAGCUGGCUAUCGGAAUGUCUAUCACAAAGACGAAUACAAGAAGGACGCCGAUUUUUACGACAAUGAUCAUGAAGGGGGACGUUUUCGUAAGCACGGCCGUUACGACGAGAAGCACGUUGCUACCGAGAGUGAUUUCCGCAAUGGUGGUAAUCGUGCCUCGGAAUUCUUAAACGCGGAAGCAGCCAAGAAAGGCAACUCCGAGACGAGACGUGCCAGCAAAAAGUCCAAGGGACACAAUGCCAAUUCUGGUUACGACGUUUUCUUCGAUAAGUUCGAUGAGUUUGCCAAGCAAACGAGUAAUGGUCAAUCGUCCGGCGACAAUGCAAAGACUGCCAUCAAAAUAUGA